AUGUUUAUAAUUUUAUUAAAAUGCUGUCGGAGAAAAAAAGAUUUGACACCAGACUUCUUCAAAAGUAGCCAAAAAGUCGCUGCUGAAGCUUGUGGCGUUUCAUAUAUAACGCUGAGGCAUAUAUGUGUAGAAGCCAAAAAAUCUACAGAGCAGGAUGUUGAGGAAGGACCAUCUUUUAAAUCACCACGAAAAUUAUAUAAGCGUCAAAAGAAAUGUACAGAAAUGGAUGAUUUUGAUGCUGACGUAGUUCGUCGAACGGUACAUUCGUUUUACGAUAAAGGUGAAUAUCCAACUGCUUUAUUAAUCUUAAACGAACUUAAAAAAAAAAUGCCAAAUUAUGAGGGAUCAGUUAGGUCAGUCAGAAGGCUAUUAAAAAACUUGAAUUUUUCAUUUAAAAAAUGUAAUGAUGGUCGAAAAAUGCUAUUGGAACGAAAUGAUAUUGUUGCUUUACGUUGUAAAUUUAUACGUAACAUUUGUACACUUCGACAAAUGAAAGAUUGUCGACCAGUGAUUUACCUAGAUGAAACCUGGGUGAAUCAGAAUCAUUCACGAUCUCAUAUUUGGCAAAAUAACGAAGGAACAGAAGGGUUAAAAGUACCAAUCGGUAAAGGAGGUCGUCUAAUUAUUACACACGCUGGGUCAUCUCGAUACGGGUUCAUAGAAGGGUUAAAAUUAGUUUUUAAAUGUCAAGCGAAAAAUUCUAUUGAUUAUCAUUCGUCAAUGAACGCCGAUGUUUUUAAAGUAUGGUUUGUAGAUAAUAUGUUAAAGCUACUUCCCGAACCAUGCGUUAUUAUUAUGGAUAACGCACCAUAUCAUUCCACGUAUAUUAACAACUACCCAAAAUGUAAUGCUCGGAAAGCUGAUGUGCAGAAUUGGCUGAAAAAUCAGGGCGUUAAUUUUUCACCACUAGAAACAUAA